CACACACACACACACACACACACGCCCCUCCCACCACCCACCCUGAUCAGGACCUGGGACCGUGGGAUGCGGAGCGCCUGCCGGCUGCAGGCCCGGCCACCCUCCCUCUCCCGGUGCUGGGAUUUUCCAGCUGGAGUCGCACUCGCUCUACUGCAUCCUCUAGAAACUGGUGUCUGACGUGGCCGCUUCUGCCCGCUAUUUAUUUCCUCCCCUCCUGCUGAGACCCUUCUGUCUGGAGGAGAGCUGCAGCCCCCGGCAGAGGCAGCCAGGGAGCUGCAGGGGGCGCAGGGGACCCGCUCACCCCCUCAGGGCCAUGAGCGCCGGGCAGGAGGCCGGGAGAGAUGGGGGAGACUCCAGGAGGGGACAGGAGGCUGAGCUCCGGGACCGAGCCCACCUGAGCCAGCAGCGUCGGCUCAAACAGGCCACCCAGUUCCUGCACAAGGACUCGGCCGACCUGCUGCCCCUGGACAGCCUCAAGAAGCUCGGCACCUCCAAGGACUUGCAGCCGCACAGCGUGAUCCAGAGACGCCUGGCGGAGGGGAACCAGAGGGGGCUCCAGGGCGAGCCGCCCCCGGGGCAGGCCCUGCUGCACGGCCAGGAGGGCAGGACCAGCAGGACGGAGACCCCAGCUCUUCUGGUCAGCUGUAAGUGCCAGGACCAGCUGCUUCUAGUGGCCGUGGACACGGGCACCCAGUACAACCAGAUCUCGGCCAGAUGCCUCAGUCGCCUGGGGUUAGCGAAGAGGGCCCUCACAGCCCACGGUGGGGACCCAGCCCCGGGGCCCCCACGCCAGGUGGAGCAGCUGGAGCUCCAGCUAGGGCAGGAGACGGUGGCUUGCUCGGCCCAGGUGGUGGAUGCCGAGAGCCCUGAAUUCUGCCUUGGACUGCAGACUCUGCUCUCCCUCAAGUGCUGCAUCGACCUGGACCGUGGCGUGCUACGGCUGAGAGCCCCCUUCUCCGAGCUGCCCUUCCUGCCUCUGCACCAGGAGCCUGGCCAGUGAUCGCCGUCCAGCCGGGCCCCGGGGGAGACGCCCUGCCUCAGGACAGUGCUACGGGGACACAGAGCCAGGGAGUGGGAUGCCCGUGCCUGCCUCUCUUCUCAGCACCCAGACCCCUGCCCCACUUCCGCCGCAUGUCCUCCCUGCUUCUCGGCAGCUGUCCUAUUUCCCGGGAGGCUGCCCGGUGCCCCCUUCUAGCCAAGCAGCGCACAGGCAGAUCAGGACUGCAGAUCUAGGCACAGGGGCUCCAGGCUUGGCCCUUGGUCUGGAGGGAGCUGGCUGGAGUUAAGGGACAGCAGCUGCUGUCCCCACCUGGCCCCCAGCUCUACCCCAAACACUACUCACUGCCCCUACUCCGUCUCCCUACCUUCUGGGGGCCAUCAUUGCCCACAGUGGGCCAGCCUGGCCCCCACCCUUUCAGAUGCUGUGCACGCCUGCUCACAGUUAAGUGGGGGGAGAAAUUAAACAGAAGAAGCAGAGGGCUGGCUCCGUGGC